AUGGGUGUUCCAAAGUUCUUUAGAUGGAUUAGUGCUCGAUACCCUUGCAUCAACCAGAUUUUGCGGCCAGGAGAGAUCCCUGUUAUCGAUCACUUUUAUUUGGACAUGAACGGUAUACUUCACACUUGUUCACACCCAGAAGGUGGUAAAAUAAUCUUUUCGGAAGAGAUUAUAUUUCGAAAUAUUUGUCUAUAUAUUCAAUUCUUGUUCAACCUCAUUAAGCCACGUAAGACUUUCUUUAUGGCCGUGGAUGGUGUUGCACCUAGAGCUAAAAUGACGCAGCAACGUGCUCGCCGUUUCCAAUCUGCUUUAGAGGCUCGUAUUGCCAAAGAGAAUUUAAAAGAUAGUUCACCUGAGACCCACUCAUUCGACCCAUGUGUGAUUACUCCAGGUACUGAAUUCAUGGAGCGGUUACAUCGUUAUAUUGUUACAUUUGUAGAAAAUCAUGUAAAUCAUGAUGCUGACUGGCAAUGUAUUGAUGUCAUUUUAUCUGGGCAUGAUUGUCCUGGAGAAGGCGAACACAAAAUUCGGGAGUAUAUGGCAUAUCGUCGUGGUCUACCAAAUUACCGUCCUAAUGAGCGUCACUGUAUAUACGGAAUGGACGCUGACUUGAUAUUUUUGGGUUUGACAACUCAUGAAAUCAACAUUUGUAUCUUGCGUGAGAACGUUGUUAAAGCCCAAAAUUGUUCGGCUGAUAAUAAACCUUUCUGUAUUACUUAUUUGUCAGUUCUUCGGGAGUAUAUUGAUUUGGAAUUUACGGAAUUAAAGAAGACAUUGCCGUUUCCUUAUGAUUUGGAACGCCUGAUUGAUGAUUGGGUUUUUAUGGCUUUUCUAUUGGGAAAUGAUUUCAUACCUCACAUACCUAAUUUGCAUAUACAUGCGGAGUCUUUGUUAACUGUCUGGGAUACAUAUCAAGUUGUAUUACCGAAAUUGGACGGUUACCUUGUGGAGUUUGGAUAUUUAAAUCUUCCACGAUUUCAUAAAUAUCUGGAAGAACUUUCUCAGUUUGAGCGUGAUUGGUUCGAGGAACGUGAAGCAGCUUUCCAUUGGAUGCGAGGAAAACAAGGUGCUCGUAUGGCAAAUGAACUGGAAAAACUCGGUCUAUCAUCUGAGGAUAAUCAGAUGCCACCUCAUAAACCUCUCAGUUCAACAGGGAAACGUUUCCCCGAAAUGACUAAAAGUAGUUUAUUAGAUAAGAAAGAUGAUUUCGAUCAAUUGACUGAUUUUAUAGAUUUAUUCGCACCUCAAUCUGAUUGUCAAUAUGAUAAUGUUAUGUUAGAUGAAGCCGCUGAAUUAAUGGAAGAAGGUGUUGUUGUUUCAUUAAGGACACAUGAUGAUAAAGUCAAGCAGUUAUAUAAUAAAAGUGAUCCGUCCAAUAGAACUUCCCAUAAUAAUACACAUAACACAAUAGGCGAUAAUCAUGAUCAUGAGGAUAAUAUAGAUGAUGAAACAGAAGAGGAAAUAGAAAACGAGAAUGCCACCUAUGUUGAAAGUGAUACAGAUCUAGAUGAAGAUUUAUUAGUUUAUAAAAUGCAUCGACGUGAUUAUUAUUCCUCGAAACUUGGUAUACAACUCGAUGAGAUGUCAGGUGAUCUUGGUGAAGAUUCCACAUUAAUGUCUUUAAUUCAAGAUUAUAUCCGAAUGUUACAAUGGAUAUUGAAUUAUUACUUUCUAAAUGUGGCUGAUUGGGAUUUUUUCUAUGCUUAUCACUAUGCACCAUUUGUGCAUGAUCUUAUUUUAUAUACAAAAAAGUUUGAGAAUUAUCAAAAUUUCAAUGGUAUUAAAUUGUCUUGGACAAACUUUCAAACAAAUUCACAACCAGUUUUACCGUUUGUUCAACAAUUAAUGAUAUUACCAUCGGAUUCAGCUUAUAUAGUUCCAGCACCUUAUUGGGAAAUAAUGAUUUCUCCAUCUUCCCCAUUAGCUGAAUUCUUUCCUAGAGAAUUCGAAACUGAUAUAAAUGGGAAAAUAGCAUCAUGGGAGGCUGUAGUGUUAAUUCCGUUUUUGGAUCAGCAACUUCUCAUAGAUGCAAUGAAGGAUGGAAACACUAAACUAACUGAACAAGAAAAACAACGCAACCAACAUAAAUCUCACUUGUUUUAUCGUGCUUGUCCAAUUGGACGUGUAAAAUCUCCUGUAGAAUUAAUUAAUUAUGAUUUUUAUCGUAAAUCUGUCAAUUGUGGUGAAUCAGAAUUAAGUCAGUUUUAUGCUUCAAUCACUAGAUCUGUUGUUGAUGAUUUUCCAAGUUUAUCAAGACUACCGUUUACCCAUAAAAUACAAAGAAUACCAGUUUAUGUUUUUGAACGCCCUAGUAAAUUAGAUAGUAUGGCGUUAACAAUGAAACCUCAUCCAGAAUUUUCAAAAUAUGAUAGCCUUGGUCAGUUAGCUGAAAGUAUUCUUGGGCGUCCUAUUCGUGUUCGUUGGCCAUUCUGUGCUACAGUGAUGCCUGUUCGAUUGAUGAGCACUAGCGAAAUUUGGGAACUAGUGGAUUUUAAUGUAGAACCAAUAAUUGAGUCUUCAAGCGAUUUGUCCUCUGAAUCCCUGCACUUUCGUCCACUUUUAUCGUCUAAAGACAAUAAUCAUGAAUUGGAUUGGAUAAAUAGCCAACUGUCAAGUUUAAAACACCAUUUUGAGAAACGUCGAGCAAUUUUAUUUGAUGACAAAAGUGAUAAUAAUGACUGUGAUGAGCUGGAUGCUCAUGUGAAUUUGAUACCAUCGUCAGUUCUAGUUUUUUCUCGUCCAUUAGACGGUUGGUCUGUAGUACCUGUACGAGCAAAUGAUUCGGAUGGUUUUACUCUUAUACCGAAUUUUGUUCGUUCGCGUGCUCAAAAUGGUGAUGAUUUAGAAUUGUCUAAUACACCAUUUGCAUCUUUAUUUAUUCAAUCAGAAAAUAUGAUUGACUUAUCCGGGAAACGAGAUAAAAAACGAAAAACACUUGUCGAAAAACCUUCAUUGAGUAUAGAACCUGCUUAUGGUCUAUCGGAUGGUUUAAAUCUAGACUUAUUAGAUGUCCUAUUACCUGGUAUACCUCCACCACCAUCAAUUGGAUGUGUUGAAGUUGACUGGGGUUAUAAUAAAAUAAUUUCACUCCAUACAAUAUUUCAUCCUGGUAAAAUAGUGUUUAGUUUAGCCAAAGAAAGUUAUGGAUCAGUGGGUGAAAUUAUUGGAGUUGAUCAGAAGAAAGGUAAAGUUAUGGUACGCUUCUAUCCUGAUGUCUCAUCAUCAACUGACUUAACGGAAUUUUGUAGUCAGGUCGAAGAAUGGGAACAUGAUAAUUUUUAUACAAAUAUCAUGGUUGCAGAUCAAUUAAGUGUCCCAGUAUUUGUAGUGAAUCGAUUUACCGGCAGUUUGAUGGUUCAAAUUACUUCUGAAUCUUGUUCAUCAUUUGGAGAUAAUGAUGGCAUUAUUAGUAAACAUAAUCAAUACGCUGAAACAUCAACUGAUAACAAUGCAGAAAAUAAUACGGCAAAUAAAAAAUGUGGGCAGAAAUCAUUUGCUAAUAUUGGUUUAAACCUGAAACGGAAUCGUUCUGGUGCUCAGGUUUUAGGUUGGUCACGUUUUUGUACUGUUCGUCAUACAUGGUUAUUUUCUAAUAGAACUGUUGAUUUACUCAAGAAAUUCAGUGAAAAAUUUCCAGGUGUUUGGGAAAAAGUUUUAAAGUCGUCAGAUUCAUCUACAAAAAAUAAUGCAUGUAUACAACUUGAUCCGAAAGAAGUUGACGAGAUUAUGGAAUUUAUUGCUAAUUCUGAAUGUAGAAGUGCUCCAGUUUUACCACAGAAAGGUAUCUACUUGGAUAAGGAAUGGUUACAAAAAUUAAAAUCAUUAUAUCUUAAAGACAUGGAUGAAACUGUAAAUGAACCGUUUGAUCGUCAGAUUUGGAAUAAAAGAUCUCCAGUAAAUUGUUCACCAACAACUUUGUUUGUUUCAGUGAAUUCAGAUACAAGAAUAUAUCCAUCCUCUUAUAAUUUAUCACCAUUCGAUCGUUGUUAUUAUUCAUCAAACUACUCGUCAGUGUUUAGUUCAUUCACAUUAUUGGAUAAAGUUGUUUAUAUUGGGAUAGGACAAAAUAUUCCAUUGGGAUUACAUGGGAUUGUUAUUGGUGUACCAUCUGGUGUAAGCUCUCAAAAGAGUGAACAAUUGGUAGAGAUCAUGUUUUGCCGAACAUUCACUGAUGCCAUAGAUAUUAGAGGAUCAGGUCCUGUAUGUGCACUGGUACAUCCAUCAAUGUUACUCAGACUACCAGAAAAAUGUGAUGAUAAACAUCAGUCAAUCUCUCAGCCGAAAUUAACUAGACCAAUUUCGAAACCUGUUCAAGUUUCAUGGGUUACUAAAGGACCUCCGCGUAAUUACCGUCCAUGGCCAACUAAUAAUAAACUUGAUCAAAACACCUCUCAUAAAAAUAAAAUGGAUGAUGCAAAUCAUAGUAAUAUAUCAAAGGCUAGUCCCGUUCAUUCAUGGAAUUCGUCUAAAUUGAAAACUAAACAAAAACAACCACCACAACAACAGUUGCAACAACAAAAUAUUAAGCCUGCUAAAAACCUAUCCUCAACGGGAAAAGAUACGAUAAACAAGAAAACGCAAGAACUGGAUUGUCGACCAAACUGUGGUGAUACAUAUUCCACUUUUCCUACUCUACAGAAUAAAUUUAACCGUUCGCGAAGCAUAAGUGAACAUAAUACAAGUCUAGACGAUAACAACGAUAAUGUAAGUCUAUCUAAUUUGUCACAUGAUGCAGAACAUAAUUCGCAUUUUUGGACUAUGCCAAGCCCACCGGACGUACCUCUCCCUCCAUCUUAUUGGUCUAAUAUUAACAAGCCUACACAUGACUUGAAAUUAAAUAAUAAGACUAAAGAUGAUAAAGAAAAGAACCAACGGAGUAGGGACGAAAAAAGUACUGGGUCAUCUAAGAUUAAAUCUCGUUCUUGUAAUUCUGUAGAACGUAAUAAAAAAAGUUCUAUUACUCGUUGUGAUAAUCGUCCACGGUUAAACCACAAUAGUGAGGUUUGUCAGAGAGCACCAACUUCAGUCAUGCCGAAACAAAUACCAAUGCCCGAUUUCGAAAGACAAAAUCUUAAUAGACCUCCAAACAUGCAUCAGUAUCCUCCUCUUAACCAAAUGCAACCUCAUUUGCAAUCUGCAUAUCAACCACUGCCAUUUCUGCAGUUUCAACGGGUAAUGCCAUCUACAGUAUACCCGGUUAAUAUGAUGGCUCCGUAUCUGUAUGGUCAAAGAAUGCCUGAUUCUUCCUAUAUUUCAUAUCCUUCGUAUUCCCCUUCGCCUAUUUAUCCACCUAACUUUGUAAAUCGUGCACCUAUUCCUCAGUUUCCAUUGAUGUCGAAUCCUAAUGCUCAGGUUUUUAACUCUACGAUGAACUACGAGAAUACUCACCGGUUUAACAACCCGUCGGUGCUAUCAUAUGGGGAAAGAAACAGUCGGGAUUCUUUCCGUCCUCCUGUUAAACAGGAUCUACCAUCUAACCGACCAACUACACCUCAUCAUAAUAAUCAGUCAAGACGUUUUAUUCCUCCUCAGGUUUCACGAACGCGUCGACCUUGA